ACAAGGUGGUGGUGCUCAUCGCCAGCAGGUUGGUGGCCAUAGAGCGCAAAACCCUAGCUUGACCUAUAGCACAGGGGCGCAUGGAGCAGGGAAGCAAGCCCCCGCUGCCCACCACGCCGGUUCUCAUGUCGGUGGCCCGGCAUGUGGCCCGGCGAUGCACGGCGCAGAACAAAGCCUUCAUGGAGUGCAAGCGCAGCCUGAGGGAUCCGGAGAAGUGCCUGGACGAGGGCCACCAGGUCAUGGGCUGCGUCUCCAGCUUGAUCAAGGAGCUCCAUGCCACCUGUGGCAAGGAGAUGGAGUCGUACACGGGCUGCAUGGACUACUACUCCAAGGACUUGGAGAUGUGCCGGCAGAAGCAAAAGGAAUUCGAGGCAGCCUGCCCGCUGCCAGAAUUGAGCUAGAUCUCUCUUGCUGUACUUUUUAGUUGGCCAGGCGCCGAUGAAUCAAACCCACUUCACUCGCC